UUUGUAAAUUGCUCACAUUACUCAGCCUCUAAUCAUCCUGUUAAAAAUGUGUUAUCAUUGACGACACAGUCUAAAACUCAUUCAAAAUUUGACUCCAGUCGCGUUUUUCGCAUCGUGUGUACAGCAUCUAUUGACAAAGUUACAAGAACAGGACACUUUCAUUCAAGUGUUUUGGUAGAUUUUGAUUGAAAAGAAAAGAAGUCGCUCGAUACGCGUCGACCUUGAUUGUUUGAAAUCCAAUUUAUAAUCGAUAUUAUAACGAACGUUGAGUUUUUAGCAUGAAUUGGAACAAAAUCGUAUUUUGUGUUGUUGUGUUCAUUCUGCUAAAUAGAUGUGAUUGCAAUUGGUUAUUUGAAAAAAGUGCAAAACCCUUAUCGCCCGUCAUCUUCGUUCCUGGCGAUGGAGGCAGUCAAAUGGAUGCCAGACUGAACAAACCAUCAGUGGUACAUUACAUCUGCCAGAAGACAUCCGAUUGGUUCAACAUUUGGCUGAAUCUCGAACUGCUCGUUCCGCUCGUAAUCGACUGUUGGAUCGACAACAUUCUCUUGAUCUACGACAACGAAACACGGACGACACACAAUUCGCCGGGAGUGGAAACACGCAUUCCCGGAUGGGGCAACCCGGAAUCAGUCGAAUGGAUCGAUCCGACACACGCCGGAUCGGGAUCGUAUUUCAAAGACAUUGGAAAUGCGUUGGUGGCGAAUGGUUAUGUGCGGAACGUAUCGAUUCGUGGCGCACCGUACGAUUUCAGGAAAGGACCGAAUGAAAACAAGCAGUGGUUCUUGGACUUGAAAGCGCUCGUGGAAGAAACGUUCGAAGCUAACGAUAAAGUUCCUAUAACAUUCAUCGUUCACAGCAUGGGAGCGCCAAUGACGUUAGUGUUCCUCCAGCAACAAGAUAAGUCGUGGAAGAGUAAAUACAUUUCCCAAGUGAUAUCGUUAGCAGGUGCAUGGGCAGGCAGUGUGAAAGCAGUUAAAGUGUUCGCCAUAGGUGACGAUUUAGGGUCGUAUGCACUACGCGGAUCUGUCUUGCGCGCUGAACAGAUUACUAGUCCGUCGUUGUCGUGGCUACUACCUUCAUCAUUGUUCUGGAAACCGGAUGAAGUGUUGGUCCAGACACAGACUAGAGCUUACACAUUAGCUCAACUGGAAGACUUCUUUAUAGAUCUGAAGUACCCGAAUGGUUGGGAAAUGAGAAAGGACACCGUAAAGUACACCGAUUUUACGCCGCCUGGUGUAGAAAUCCACUGUCUGUAUGGUUCCGAUGUUCCCACGGUUGAAAAGCUUCACUACACUAAAUCGGGUGAUCUCGAUGGAUCGCCAACGUUGAUCAAUGGCGAUGGUGACGGAACUGUAAAUGCACGAUCUUUGCAGGCUUGUACCCAGUGGAUUGGAAUGAAAGCACAACUGGGCAAAAAUAUAUCGACACUACAGCUGCCGGGUGUUGAUCACAUGGGCAUAUUGAGUGAUAAUCGUGUUGUACAGUACGUUCUAGGUGUUCUGAUCGGUUGAACGUAUGACUUAGGAAGAGUAGCAGGAUGUUAUGAAAAGACUAAAUAGUUUGCUCUCUAGUGAAAAUGAUAUUUUUGUAGUAAAUGUGUAGAGCGUGGAGAUGCUAGAUUUAAGUUGAAAAGUUUUGAUCUUUUGUUGGUAUGCUUCCGAACAGGUGCAACCUUAGUUAUUCUAUGAACAAUUGCAUAGAAAUGUCUAUGUAUCGGAGAAAAUAUAAGCCUGAUUUUGAACGUUCAUUAA